GGAUAAUGCCGAGAAUACGAGAUCUCGAUGACAGCAUAACGUUAUGGCCGCAUCAUCCGCAGCUAGGCAACGCUCAUCUCGUCUUACAACGAAGGCCAUAACGUUUUUUUUCACAUCUAAUUUGAGAUCAUUACAUCAGUUUACGUGGCAGUUGGGAAAUUAUGGGCGCUGAAAGAGCAAGGAAGUGCAAACGAUCCGCUGAAGAAGUGCCUUCUCCACGAGAUCCCGACCGUAAGCGUGUAUUAAACGUGUUAGCGCAGAGGAGAUAUCGAGAGCGAAAGAGGCAGAGACUAGCAGAUCUGGAAGCGAAGCUCCGAUCUGUUCAGUCUCAAUCCAGUAAAGAGGCUUCCACCACACAGACCACAGCUGGAGCCGAAUCUUGUCCAAGCACAACACAAAUCGUGCAGGGAACUGGCCCUGAAUGGACUAACGUCUUGUUCCCGGAAUUGCAAUCAGAUGCACAACUAUUCGCCGGCGAAGAAUGCUCUCCCCCUCCUCCAGAUCUGCAGCCGACGGAUUGGUCAGCUAUCCCAGCCGCCUUGGUUACCCAGCCUGCCUCUGACUGCGAUCAUUCUGAAUUUAUCGCCCUUCCCACUCCUUCAACAUCUGAUGAUUCCGCAGCCCUCUUCGAUAACUUACCUCCGUCAAAUGACAAUGGUCAGCUCCAGUUCUUCACUGGCCAAUGUCGGUUUCCUAGCAAUGUUGUCGACGGGCAGGCUUUAUCACUUCAGAACCCAAUGGUUCUCAGUGAUCAGAAUGCCUUCCUUGAUGCCGCAGAAGUAUCUCAUGAUACUUCAGCCUCUGAUUCAGACAACAGCAUGUCCCAGUUCAGCCAUAUAUCAUUUCCACCCAUAGAAGUGAUAGCACGACAAACCCCCGACCUUAACUUUCCAUCAUCCUCAACAUUAAUACAUCCCAACCAGCUUGGCCGAUGUCUCUCACCCGGCGUCCAAAAUGAUGUCAGUAGCCUUGAUAUGCCCAUGCUUAAAAUAAUGAAAGCCGGUUUCUUCAUCACGGACAUGCUCAACUGCACCUCGCAAAUAUGGGACCCUUUCUUCCGGCAUGUCGUGCAAAACCAACCACCAAAUCUCCCUCCCCAUUUCAAAGCCACCGCAGCUCAACAAAAUAUCCCGCAUCACCCUGUAUUCGACGUCAUUCCCUGGGCCAGUGCUCGGACCAAGCUCAUCCAUAUCUUUUCGCAGCCACCGGAAUUAAGACCGCCGAGUGCGCGGGAUCCACUGGCCGUUGUGAAUAUGAUAAUGGAUAUUGAUGAUGAUGCGGAGGGAAUGAGGAUUUGUGGAGAGGACGGGUGGGAUUGCAGGAAUUGGGAGGUUGGGGAGAUUUUUUUCCGGAAUUGGUGGUGGGCACUUGAUCGAGAGAUUGUGGAAAAUAGUAAUAGACUGAGGGCUCGACGGGGAGCAAGGAAGCUCAGACUACGGGGGGCAUAAAUUGAGGUUAUAAUAGCGGGCUGGGGGAAUAUCAUUGAUAAUUUCUGGUUUAUAUUUCAUGACGGCUUAUAUAUGUGUGUGAUCUUCAAGUACGAUAUACACACAUCCUCUAAAAAAAAAAGCAAUAAAUAUGAAGUGCAUCAAUUUAUAGGAGAAAUGAGCGAAGUCUGUGCCACAGAACCCUGAAUAUACGGGAAAUAUAUUGCCAAUCUUUCAAAGUAUGUUCUUCCUUCUCCACAAGCUUCCAUUUUAAAUCACUACAAUGAUCACUACAUUAAUCAAGAAUUGAUUUCAAUAUGCCUGCAUGACGGCCAUCAAAUA